GAACUGAAAUUUUGAAAUACCCGAAUAGGGCUGAAAUAUUUGACCCCGAAAACCCAAAACCCGAAUAAACCCGAAACCGAACCCAAACCCAAAUGGGUGUCCGAAAGUCCACCCCUAAUUAGUAUACCUGGUGGUUUCUUAUUUGUUGAUAUUUGAAAUUGUUUAUUUGUAAUGAAUUGAUCUAACAUUAGUGUUUUUAGCUUUUUCAUGUAAAAAACUUAGUUUUAUAGGGUUGGUUUAGUGUCUCCUGAAUGAGUUAUUAGUAUAUUUUUGAAAAUAGCCUUGGUGGGAAAAAAUAAAAUAUGGUUUUAAAAAAUAGCUACUUAUACUAAAAAUAAUUAAUUCUUUGUUGUUUGCCAAAAAAAAAUAACGCUUGGAAUUUAAAAAUAAAAUUGUUUCCAAAUUAGUUAUUUUUAGGGUUUAAACUUGAAUUUGAUAAAAAUGAGUUGUGGUGGAGAAACAAAGUCUGGAAUAGGUUAAAAAAAAAAGGAUUGUUAUGGUGUAUUAUCGCCCAAUAUAUUGAUGAAGUUAAAACUUGAUUUUAAAAUGUUGUUCCCAAAAGAACCGGCCUUCAAUCUCGCUAGACCUAAGUGGAGACAAAAUGUGCAGCUAGUUGUUGUUCAAAACUAUCUUAAGAGAACUGGGCGUGAACAGUGGGCAAAACAGUUUCGCGAGGCUGCAAAAGGAGGAGAUGAUUCUGGAAUGCUCAAUGUUAUGUCAAACGACGGUGAGGAGGUUGUAACAGCUUUAGGAAGUGAAGUUGAACGGUUAGAGAAAGAGAUCCAAGAACUUGUUCCUGGAAUCCGGCACGUUAACAUCGAAGAACACAUUCCCAUAGACCAAUCUCUAUGAUCUGUUACUUUCUUCCAGAGGUCUGCGUUGUCGAUACAUUCUCUUGGCCUUAAGAAAUGGAAACCACAAGUCUGGCAGUCUUGGUGAAAUAGAAAAAAAAGUUGUGUCAAGUUUGAGUCUUUGUGAUUGGGAAAUAUGUGAUGAUGAAUUCUCUUGUAUCUUGUUUUGAUGUUAGAAACUUUCAUGUGUGACUUUUAAAUACUAUGGACAACAAAAAGCUUGUUGUAGUCACGCUGAGUUGUAGUUUAAUAUCUAAAAGCAUCUCUCAUAUACUUAUUUUUCUUAGCCAUCUUGUCGUGCCUUUGCUUUGCUUGGCUAUACAUGCUUGGAAUAAUACAAAUUUCAAGGUGAAA